CCAACGUGACUCUGUUUACCGCAGUUAUUUAUAGGGCCGUGCUGGGUGCGGGGAUGAAGCAGGAGCCCUAUUUAUAACCCCAACCCAACUCGGGGCUGCAGCACCGACCCCAUGGCCCGGGAAACCUUCGCCUUCUCCUCGUCUGCCCUCCGCUCCCUGCAGGCUCAGCGGGAGCUGCUGGAGCGGGAGGAGCGACGGAGGGCUUUGGCCAGGGAAUGGGCAGCAAGGAGACUGCAGCCCCCCGAGCCCAGACCCCCCCGCAGCUCCAUCCGGAGGCCGCGGUGCUGCCGGGAUCCGGCGGUGCACAACGCUCUGUACGCGGGGGAUCUGCAACGAGUCAAAGGCAUCUUCAGGGAUGAGAGCACAGCCAAUCUGGUGCUGGAGACGGUCAGCGAGGAGCUGGUGUGGUCACCUGAGCAGGGUCAUGACUUGGGGACACGGGAACCUAGCAUGGGCCUGACAUGGGGACAUGACACUGAUGUGACAUGGGGCUGGUGUGACACGGAGACACAGGGCUGCUGUGGCUCAGGGACGUGGCACCGCUGUGACCCGCUGUGUCCCCAGAUGCUGAAGUUCUGCUGCACGCACCCCCCGGCUCUGGAGCUGCUUCUCAACGCCUACGAUCGCAUCCCCCCCCCCGACACGUGGCUGGAGGCCGUUCCGCCGGAGCUGUGGGAGGAGCACCACGAGUUCUACACGUCGGCCGUGCGCAUGGCGGGGCAGCCCCGGCGCCUGCAGCACUUGGCACGCUGCGCCCUGCGGCGAUACCUGGGCACCCGCUGUCACACCGCCGUCCCCGCGCUGUCGCUGCCGCCCGCGCUGCGCCGUUACCUGCAGCUGCCGCUGGAGGGAAUCAUUUCCUGAGGUCCGGCCGUGGCGCGGGGAGGGGCGGCGGGCCGAUGUCAAUUCCCCCCCGGUUGGCGUCUCAGCCCGCACUGUUCCCUCCGUGCGGCCAUGGGAAUAAAGGAGGUGUGGAGGCGGCUGUUAGGGUUCUUCCCUGCGGGAUAUGGGGAG